GAAGGGUUUUUACUUAAAAUUAAUUAACUUUGCAUAGUGAAGAAUAGAAAUUAAUUGGAACAGGUCAGCGAAAUUUACGUUAUAAAGAAAUGUGUAUGAUGAAUCGAAUGCGUGAAUCGUAUGCGUGUGAAAGUGUAUAUUUGAAUUUGAUACAUAGGCCUAUUUAGCAUUUACCCAGAAAGCUAGAUUUUGGAUUUUAUUCGACUUCAUCAACGUUUUGGAUUUCAGUACGAAGUUUGUUUAACCUCCACUAAGUCGCGCUACGGUUGGGUCUAAAAAGUUCACCGUAUUUAGCCAUUGGCGGUAUGGUUUGCUUGUUGCCUUGCUGGUGAUGUGAAAACAGGGAUCUUGUAGGCCUUGAAAUUCUAGUGGACGUGGUUCUAGUGUUGAAGAAUGUUUGGUGUGGAAGUUAAACGAUUUAUUUGAACGAUUAGAAAAAUAAGCUUGAUAUUGUCUAUCCAUUGUUUCCACAACUUUCUUUGCAAUGGCGUCUAAAAGAAAGAAAAAUAUUUGCAGUGAAGGACCAGUCAAAAUAGUUGGAAUAAAUCAUGGAGCCUGUCUUCAUCACUUCUUGUUAAUGGAUGGAUGGAAAAAGGAACAGUUUACAGAUGUCACAUUUUUCUGCCAGUCUACAACUGAAAAUGACAAAAAUUGUGGGUUACAAAAUAAGCUACGUGCUAAUCGAAGUGUUCUGGCAGCUGCCAGCCCUUUCUUUUCUGCUCUAUUACCUGACUGUGAGCUGGAAUUGGAUGUCUGCAUCUCAAUUGAUUUGAGCUUUGAAGAAGUAUUCUGCGUUCUUGAAUAUAUCUAUUCUGGGAAACUAUUAUGUUCAAUCCAAAGCAAGGAAAGAAUUCUAAGUAUUCUUAAAGAAUUUGAUAUAUUUGUGCCUGACCAUCUUCAGAGUUCAGGACUAUGUGGAGAUAAUGAGACAGAAGUUGAAAUCAUUAUUGAAGAAGCAAAUGCAAGUGAUAAAACUUCUGAAGACAAUCAAAGAGCUGUUACAGAUAACUCUUUGAUUGCAAGCUCUGAUCAGAUUCAUAUGUUACUUAGAAAAGAAUUGAUCUUACCACAAUCAAGCAUUCCCAUAUCAAGACAAGAUACAUUACAGCAUGAAGAGAAGACUCCAGAAAAGUUCUCAAGUUCUCUAAAGAUCUACAGCAACAAAAGUAAAGCUCAACCGACAUUUAAGACAACUGUUCUGAAUCCAGAUGACACCUGUAUUGGUGAAACUGUUGAAGAAGUGGAAGAUUGCAGUCAUCUUAAAACUUCUAUAGAUUUGAUAACUUAUCAGUCUGCUUCCCUGGAAGAACCUCCUGCUAAUAACAUGCCAACAGAAAUCGAAGCUAUCAUAAUUAAGAACCACCCGCCGCCAAAUAAUUUUGACAUUUAUGGAGUUGUUGGUGAAGAUGUGUGGACUGUUCAACAAGUACCAGAUAGACAAACUGUAACAUUGCAGUUUCCUACCCAGUUGCCUGGCAGCAUCACCUCCCAUCCAAAAGAGCUUGAACACAAUUUGAUCAAACGCACCGUGACCCAGUGUAGUGCAUCGACCUAUCCUUUGCCAUUAUAUCAUUCUCAUACUUGGUGUUACGGCGUUUACACUCCUUUUGACCCUGAUAUAACCAACCUUGAAAUGAGUCAUUAUGAUGAUCCCUUAGUGACAAACAAAGGACAGCCUUUUGUUCAUGACUGGACAUCUUUCAAACAACCGACUUUCUUAGUUUCACGACCACAACGUGUGUAUAGUCGUCGUGAAAUCGUGCGUCAGCGUUCGAACCACAUCAAGGGAAUGUUAAAUCUGAAUGAUAUCCAAAAUAUGAAAGCUCAUAAAGGCAAAAUCCAUGUUACUCUAAAUGGAAAACCACUUGUUCAACCAACGCUACCACAACUAUUUCAUGGUGGAGGUGACUACGAAAAUGGUCAGUUGAAUGAAACAAAUCAAGCACGAAUAGGACGCCGCGCAAAUAAUGUGGCAAGCAUUACGGAGAGUGACGACGACAAGAUCGAUUUAGCUCUGGCCAAACAUUUUUUACAAGAGGAAGUUCGAAUAAAACAAAAACUACAAAUGAGAAUCAGAAUGUUCUCUGAACGCCUUACACAAUACAAAGACAUCGCUCGAUCUAUCCUUAAGAGGGCUAAGGAAAUUGAACAGAGAAAGCGAGAAAAUGAGGCAGCCAAGCUGUGUCCACUAACGAAAAAAUCUGGGCGUAAAUUUAAUCUUCAACUUUUUUCGGUCUUCAUUAUCUUACUUAAAAAAUAUUUGGUUUUAAUUUUAGCUCAAACGCAAUGCGAACAAUGUGGCAAAAUGGUACUGGCUUCUCGAUUAGCGAUCCAUUUGAAGAUUCACAGCGGCAUUAAGUCGCACUUGUGCGAUCUAUGUGGACGAGCAUUUUUGCUGAAAGCAUAUCUUAACGCUCACAUUCGAAUUAACCAUCGUGGAACUGAACGACCCAAACGAUUCAUGUGUUCUAGUUGCGGCUAUACCUGUGAUCAAAAACACAAACUCGAAGUUCACGAAAGGGUUCAUACAGAUGAAAGGCCAUUCACAUGCACUUAUUGUGACAAGAAAUUCCGUGAAAAGGGCACGUUGGUUCGUCACAUUCGGACUCACACAGGCGAGAAACCAUAUUCAUGCAACAUAUGCGGGACCUCUUAUGCUGCCAGGGACACGUACGUUCAGCACUACCGAAGAAAGCAUGAGCAGCAGAGGUCAGAUAACGCGAAUGAACCGCGAUCAAGAGCAAGGCACUCCAAUGUAGUCAUUUAUCGGUGCGAGUUUUGUCAAAAAGGAUUUUAUCGGAUUCUGGCAUACGAAAAGCAUCGUGCCACUCAUACAGGUGUGGCUGCCGCUGUCCGUUGCACUCAGGGUGACUGCGAUUUCACUUACUCGGAUAUGACACAACUCAAGGAUCAUAUGGCAAUAUGCCAUCCUGGGAAAACGUAUACGUGUGGAGUCUGUUCUAAAGUAUUUCUAACGAAACAGAAUCUAGCGAAUCACCAGUCGAAGCAUGACCCUACUCUGGGUUUUCACUGUUCCUUUUGCUCCAUGAGUUUAACCACCAAAGCCAGCCUCAUCGCUCACGAAAAGAUUCACACUCGAGAUAAACCAUACGAAUGUUCCUACUGUGGGAUGCGGUUUCAUAGUCCUUAUCUGAUAAAAAUUCACAUGCGUAAACAUCAGCCGAGUCAACCCAAGAGGAAGCGUUCUAGAAGACCAGCUGAAGAAGUAACGGAAAAUCCGGACAUGGAUGCUGUUGGUGAUACUGUAUCAGUAACAUAUUAUUGAAUUGCUUUAGUUGUAUUCUUCAUUUUUGCUUAGUUGGUUAUUGCAAAUGUUUUCCUUAAAUUGCAUGCAGUUUUCUGAAGGAAACUAGUGUGAUGGGUGUAUAACAUUUUUCUUCUCCAUUUGGGAUUGUUUGGCCAUAUCCUAUGGGCCGGUUGCGACGAAAUCCAGGGAUGCUUGAUGUAUGUGGAUUUGUAAUCUCGUACUCAAGUCUGAUGUUUACUUGGCCAUGUACAAAUUUAUGCUUAUGAACAAUCUUUAAAUUUAUGAAUGAGUAAGAUUUGACAUGGGCCAGUUGGCUGAAUACAUCUUCUAUAAAAAUG